UCUUUUAUAGAAUGGAAACAGAAUUCAGUUGGAAAGUGGGGACGCCGUUAGUAGUCUUUCAGUUGCGAUCGUGCUUUUGUGUUGAACGCAGAGUACUAUCAGCGCAGGACGUAUUUACGCAUUCAUUCAUUCAAAAACAAAAAAAAAUUCAAAUAACAUAAUUGAAAAUGGUGUCUGUUUCGAGGCUCUCGUUAAUUAAAUUUCUAGAACUUGCAGUGGUAAUUAUCCUCUUGAUAUUGCAUUGUUAUUCUGACGAUGUUGGAUUCCAACAGCAUAUUCGCUUCUUAACAAUGGGCACCAUAGGAGGCUAUCUUAUAAUUUUAGUCGGAUUAUUCGCUGGAGGUCUUAUGAGCACUCCAGUCAAUCGCCGAGUGGAUUUAUUUUAUAGUGUCAUUGGAUGUGCACUAUUCAUGGUGAUUGGAAUUUUAAAUAUCAAUGCAUUCUCUAAUAUCUUUGGCUUCAGCAAAUCUCACAAAGAUACAGGCAUUGCUAAAGGAUCAAUGGCAAUCGUUGAAGGUGUUUUGUUCCUUUUUGAUGCAUUCCUCACAUUUAGAGGAGAAGCUUAAAUAAUUUUUUUUUUAUUUCUCAUAAGGGACUGCUCGAGACUAUUUAAAAACAAGUCGUUAAACUCAUUUAGAGUUGCAAAAAAUAUAUAUAUAUAAAUUGAAAAAAUUAAUUCGAUUCAAAUAAUCAGUUCACAUUAAAUUAUAUUACAAAUAAACUUUGUUUUAUAAAUAUAAUAAUUUGAUCAAUUAAUCAAGUAACUGAUUAUUUAAAUCAAUUGUAAGUUUCUUUUCAUUGCACUCUGUAUAAAUUGCCAUCAAGUCCAACUUUACAUUAUGUUAACAAAAAUGUAUAUUUUAUAUUUAUUAAUUUUUCUACUAUUAAAAAAAAAAGAAGACUUAAUACUCUAUUCUAUAUUUGCGAACGACAAAAUGAAAAUUAAUUACUUAAUGGUGCUUAGAAAAAAAAGUUUUGCACUUUACAAAUAUUUAAUUACAAUAUUGUCAAUUGAGAUUCAUGUUUAAAUAUCGUUAAAUUUGCACAGAUAUUUUUUUUUGUACACGCGUAUAUUUGAUAAAAUAUUUAUUAUAUUUUUCUAAUGUUUCUUAAUUGUUAAGAAUUUACCUGAGACAAAAUACGUCAAAAGUACAAAAUACUCAAAAAAAAAAAAAAAAAAAUGCCUUAUAUAAUAUUGAGAGAGUCCCUUUUUAUUAAGUUAAGAUAAAUAAUAUAAUGUUCGUAUAUUUAGGCUAAUUUCACGAAUUCAUUUGUCAUUAUAAAUUGUAACAUUUUUGUGAAAGUUCAACAUUAAUAUGCCUCUGCGGAAUAUCAUUCAGUUCAGUAACUGUUUGCUUAACACUCUCUGCUUACAAAGCAGAAUUUUUUUUCUACUGCGCACAUAUAUAUAUAUAUAAAUAAAUGUGUAGAAAUAGAAGAUGACUUAGCUUAUGACUGUUAUACACAUUAAAAAAUCGUGAAAUUUAUUUAUCUUAUUUAUAAAUUUUGUAUUGCUGUUAUAUUUAAGAAACAUAAUUAGAAUAUUUAAUAUCUUGUGUAUUUUUUGAAGAAAAAUCUAAUUUAAUAAAAUUUCUUUGUUCAGUAACGUAA